AUGAAGAGAACAAUUCUCCUCCUCGUUACCUACAUCCACUACAGCACCGCAAGCCCGUCGUUCCAGUUCGGGCCCAUGGCCGCAGCACCAGCCCUAGGGAAAGGACGGAUGCAUGAUCUGAUAGGAAGACAAGCACAGGCUUCAUGUAUCUUUGGAGUUCCCUGUGGCGCUGGAUGUGCAACGCAGGGUCCCUGUUGUGAUAAUGACUUGGGAGUUUCCUGCCGUAUGGACGAAGUCUGUGUGUCUAUAAACAACAAUCCCGCAUGUUGUCCACAAGGAAGCACAUGCAACAGGGUAGCGAGCUGUCUCGACGCCGACAACCCCGUCUGCAGCAGCGGGAAUAGUGGUGGUAGUUUCUGCUGUGAUUCGUCGGCACCUUUCUGCAACACGUCCGGCGAGCUACAGUUGUGCCAGGCAACGGCUUCGUUUGCGACGACAACGGUUACGGGUAUUGUGACGGCGACGGUGGUGGCAGCGGUGCAGACGGUGUUUAGAAAUACAACGUCCACAGUAUCGACAACUUCAAGAACUGUCCUCCCGUCUAGCACUCUUCCUACGCGCUCCUCACCUUCAUUAGCAAGAACCUCGGCCAUCUCAAGCACCACAUCCUCAAGAGUGCAGACUAUAAUUCCAACGACGCGAACAAAUACAACCAGAAGCACCAGUGCCACCUCCAUUGUGAUUGCCACCACCCCUCCGCCAGCAGAAUUCACGGGGGGAUCCUCUCCUAUUCGUGGCGGGUUUGGUCAGCUUGGGAUUGUAGUUUUCACGUUUGCAUUGGUUGUUCUGUUUUAG